AUGGCAGAAAAUACAACCACCAUGAGACAAUGGACAACAUUAAUGGAUGGAAUCAACAACCUCAAGUUAACCACAGUCCCGCGACCAAUCGACCUCAAAGACGACCAAGUCCUCGUCAAAAUCAGCCGCGUAGCCCUAAACCAUCGCGACGCCAAAAUCAUAAACGGGGAUUUCAAAGACUCCUAUCCCACUCCAUCGCACCCAUUAGUCCCAACUUCCGAUGCGAGCGGUAUCAUAGUACAAGUCAGCGACUCCGUUGCGGAUACAGGGAAAUGGACGAAAGGUGAUCGAGUUAUCAGUCUAAUGCGACCUACGCAUCUAACAGGACCGACAACCGCUCAACAUGCAGCAUCAGGAAUCGGAAUUCCGGAAAAUGGUGUUCUGACGGAGUAUCGAGUAUUCUCGGCUGAAGGGUUAGUUGGUGUGCCGGGGUAUAUGUCUCUUGAUGAGGCAUGCACAUUACCCACGGCAGCGACUACGGCGUGGAUGGCGCUGAAUUGGGAUCGGGAGAUUGAUAGGCCGAGAAGGGGGAAAGCGGUUGUUGUUUUGUUGCUUGGGACAGGGGGUGUUUCUAUAGCUGGGUUGCAGCAGGCGAAGGCGCUGGGGUUGACUGUUAUAAUCACAUCCUCUUCAGCCGCAAAACUAGAACGUGCCCGUCAACUCGGCGCAGACUACACAAUCAACUACAAAACAAACCCCGACUGGGCCACCGAAGUGUUGAACAUCACAUCCGGAAAGGGCGCAGAUAUUAUUUUCGAGACAGGCGGUCCCGCAACAAUGGAACAUAGUAUACGAUGCAUAGCUGCAGGUGGAAAUAUCAGCGCAAUUGGCGUGCUUUCCGGUACUACCUCCAACGCAGAAAGUGCAGGUCAAGCUAUUGCCCUGAGUUUGAUAAGGAAGAAUGCGACUCUCAAGGGGAUCAAUGUCGGUCCUAAGGAUAGGAUUGAGGAGAUGAUUAGGACGGUUUAUGUGGAGCGGUUUGAGGUUCGUCCUGUGAUUGAUCGUGUGUUUGGGUUUGAGGAGGCGAGGGAAGCGUUGGAGUAUAUGUAUGGAGGGUCACAUCUGGGAAAAGUCAUUAUGAAGGUAGAUUGA